AUGGCCUCCCUGAAGCUAUCAAAGAGGCCGGCUAAGCUUCCAUUAACGUCGAUAGUUGAUGCAGCGUCAUGGUACUGUGCCUUCGUUCUGGUAGCCCUUAUAUUGACAUUGACAACCUCUUUUAGGGAGACUAGCCAUCUCUACGAGGCUGUGGGGGGCAACCUGCAGCUCUUGCACCGACCGUGCGACGAAAUUUAUGUGGUCGGAGAGGGCGAGACGCUUCACACAAUCAGUGAUAAGUGCGGCGACCCCUUCAUUGUUGAGCAGAACCCUCACAUUCAUGACCCAGAUGAUGUCUUCCCUGGACUUGUUAUUAAAAUUACUCCUUCAAAUCCAAUGUAG